AAAAUAAUGACCUCGACACAUGACAACAUGCCAUAAACAGCUAAAUACCGCUGAAUUUGUUAUAUUUUGGUAUAACACAAUUACUGGAUUUAUCCUAUUUAUAAAUUCCCCUUCACAUUGACUAAUGGUAUUGAUCACUGAAGAUCUUAUCAGAAAACGAGCUGAACACAAUGAAGGAGAGAUACAUUCACUCGAGGAAUUAACUUUACAUCAACAAAAUCUUGAAAGAAUUGAUAACCUUGAACAAUGGUGUAAGCACCUACGUAUAUUAUAUCUUCAAAAUAAUCUACUCUCAAAAAUUGAAAAUGUUUCAAAGUUGAAAAAGUUGGAAUAUUUAAAUUUAGCGCUAAAUAAUAUUGAAAAAAUUGAAAAUUUAGAAGGAUGUGAAUCACUGAAAAAAUUAGAUUUAACAGUGAAUUUUAUUGGUGAAUUAACCAGUAUUCAAUCGUUAGUAAAUGUUCAAUUUCUCGAGGAAUUAUAUUUAACUGGUAAUCCUUGUACAGAAUAUCCCGGAUAUAGAGAAUAUGUUAUCGCAAGUUUACCUCAGUUAAAAUCGCUAGAUGGAAAUGAGAUCACCAAGUCGGAACGUAUUAUUGCCCUACAAAACUUUGACCAUAUUUUACCAAUUGUAUUAGAAAAACAAAAGGAGUAUGAAAUAAAAAGGAAAUCAGAGAAGAUUGAAGCAGAGCAGAGAAGACAGAAACGUUCUGAAAAAUAUAAAAAUUCAAAUGGUUUAACAGAUAAAGAUACGGAGGAAUUUUGGAAUGAAAAGAUCCCCUACACACCUGAAUCACGUAUUGAAGCACAUGAAUAUAUGCAGUUACAAGCACAAGCAAAGGAGUCGAAAGAUGUUUCAAGAGAGAAGAAGACAGAAGCUACGAAAUUAUUUACAGAUGAUGGAAGACCGUUGAAUGUUAACAAAGCGAAAAUUGGAUUCCAGUUAACGGAGGAUACAAUAAACGAUCAAGAUGUCUACAUACUUAAUGUUGCUGUCUAUAAGUAUAUGGAUACAGCUUUAAUUGACUGUGAUAUACAAACCAAUUAUGUUCGUGUUAUACUCAAUAAAAAGAUUUUACAACUGGCUUUACCAGAAGAAGUUAGUCCGGAUAAUUCGUCUAUUAAGCGUUCACAGACAACUGGACAUUUGUUAAUCACUAUGCCAAAGGCUUUUCAGGAAAUUCGAGUACGCAAAAACAAAGAAACGAAAGCUCAGACGAACACGGAGAAGAAGUGUACUGGCGUAUCUAGUUAUCGAGAAAAGCCAUGCAAGGAAAAUAUAAAUGACCAGUCAAACGUAAAGUCAACAGUGCCAUCAAAAUAUUCUAGUGCUCUUCUUGACGUAGAAAACCAGUCGACAAACAAUCAAGUUAAUCAAAGAGUCAGUGGUAAUACUUCAUCGGGUCUCAUUAAAUCGUGUGGUUAUCAAGAAAAGCGAAAAUCUAAAAUUGAAAAUCAAAUAGAUGACUGUAUGCUUGACUGUUCUGACGUUCCUCCGCUGAUAUGAUUUGUGAUUGAUGUAUAUGUAUACAUAUGUGUAAGAAAGAGGUAAAUAAAUCUGUAAAUUAUGUUGUUUUUCUGUAGUUCUGUUUCUGAACUGCUCUAUACUCGCAACAGACCUGACUCACUGAGUUCCAGCGUAGAACUUAGCACUGAAGUUGUAGGGGAUCGCGUUAUCACACUCCAUGCAACACAUAAAGGCAGAGGAAAGAGAGAGAGAGAAAACACAUUCAGAAGGCAAAAAUAACAGUUUUUGCAGAAUUAAAUGUUGCCAUCCAUUAUUUCGUUUGCGCCUCAUCAGCCGCUUACAGCCUAAAUAAAUCACUAAGUUUAUCUACAGAAAAGGAUCCCAAUCAAUGA